UUUUUUUGGUUCUCCCUGGUCCGAGACCGGACCGACCUGAUCAGACGAGCUUAAAACUUUUUCAAGCCCGAUGUGAAAAUAAAAAAAAAAAAUGUAUAGAAAAUGUUCUUUUUUUUCUCCAUUCAGCCCAAGCUGAGUUGAUACUAUUCCUAUGAACACGUGUAAUGCUCAAAAGCAGGCAAAAUCUAUUACCAGACAACCGAAGCGAAAACAAUGAGAGAAAUAACUUCAAAUCGUUAGAUACAUGAGAAGUGGGGAGAGCAAAAACUAAAGUGGAGCAAAAAUAACAUAAACUAAUGUAGCCUGGAGAGCGGUGUGCGGUUAGUAUGUAAACUGGUUUGGCGCUUUUUAGUUUCCAUUUUAGUGAAAGGUUUCCAUUCUUCUUUCAUCUGUACCAUUUACCUGCAGGUGUCAUUUUCUUUAGAAACAAUAUUAGCUCGUGUUCAGAUUAAGAAAAGAACAAUGACACUGUACAUGCCACUAUUUAGGUCUUGCAGAAGCUUAAGAUCAUUAGUCCAACUCCACGCUCAUCUCUUGGUCACUGGUCUCCACAAUGACCCACAAGCUUCUACCAAGCUUAUUGAGUCUUAUGCUCAAAUGGGUUCUCUUCGAUAUUCCAAAUUUACCUUUGAAGCCUUCCAAAACCCGGAUUCUUUCAUGUGGGGUGUGCUUAUUAAGUGCCAUGUAUGGUCCAGUUUAUUUGGGGAAGCUAUUUCGCUGUAUAACAAGAUGGUUUAUAAAGAAAUUCAGAUUAAUGACUUCAUAUUUUCUUCAGUUUUAAGAGCUUGUGGUGGUUUUGGUGAUCUGGGUGUUGGUGAAAAGAUACAUGGAAGGAUAAUUAAAUGCGGUUUUGAUCUUGAUUCUGUUGUUGAGACCUCGCUUCUUGGAAUGUAUGGAGAUUUAGGUUGCAUAAAUGAUGCAAGGAAGGUGUUUGAUAAUAUGUCUAUAAGAGAUGUAGUUUCUUGGAGUUCAAUGAUUUCUUGUUAUUUUGAAAAUGGGGAGGUAAAUGAAGGAUUGGAAAUGUUUCGAUUGUUGGUAUUAAAAGAUGUUGAAUUGGAUUCGGUGACAAUGUUGAGCAUUGCUGAGGCUUGUGGUGCAUUAGGUUUGACCAUGGCUAGGUCAGUACAUGGUUAUAUAGUAAGGAGGGGAAUUCAAAUUUGUGGGCCAUUGAAUGAUUCUCUUGUUGUCAUGUAUUGUAAGUGCAAUGAUUUAUCUAGUGCAGAGAGGAUAUUUGUAAAUAUAUUUAACCGGAGUGUUGCUUCAUGGACAGCAAUGAUCUCCUGCUAUAAUCAAUUUGGUUGGUUUAAAGAAGCACUAGGAGUUUUUGUUGAGAUGCUAAAAUCUAAAGCAGAGCCUAAUGCAGUUACAAUAAUGGCUGUUUUAAGUUCUUGUGUUGGGUUUAGCAUGUUUAGAGAAGGGAGGUCAGUUCAUUCUUAUGUAGUUAAGCAUAUGGAACUCAAUGAUGAUUUUCUAGGGCCAGCAUUAAUAGAAUUAUAUGCUAAAUGGGGUAAAUUAAGGCAUUGUGAGACAGUUCUUCACGCCAUUGGAAAGAGAAAUAUUGUAUCAUGGAACAUGCUUAUAUCGGUUUAUGCAUCACAAGGCUUGUUGAAGGAGGCAUUAGUAAUAUUUGUGCAAAUGCAGACACAAGGACUACUACCAGACUCUUUUAGCUUGUCAAGUUCUCUCUCAGCCUGUGCAGAUAUAGGUUUAUUACAGCUUGGGCAGCAAAUGCAUAGUUAUGCCAUCAAAAGGCAUAUUGUGGAUGAGUUUGUUCAGAAUUCACUAAUUGACAUGUACUCAAAAUGUGGUCUUGUUGAUUUAGCUUACUUGAUAUUUGGUAAUAUCCAACCUAAAAGUGUUGUAGCAUGGAAUUCUAUGAUUUGUGGGUUUUCUCAGAAUGGUAAUUCACUGGAGGCAAUUAGUCUCUUCGAUCAAAUGUACCUGAACUGUCUUGACAUGAAUGAAGUAACCUUCUUGACUGCAAUUCAAGCUUGCUCCCAAAUUGGACAUCUUGAAAAGGGAAAAUGGGUUCACCACAAACUCAUUACCUAUGGAAUAAAGGAGGAUCUUUAUAUUAAUACUGCUCUGGUUGACAUGUAUGCGAAGUGUGGAGACCUUCUAACAGCAAAAGAAGUAUUCAAUAGCAUGCCAGAAAGAAGUGUGGUGUCCUGGAGUGUCAUGAUUGCUGGAUAUGGAAUGCAUGGUGAUGUUGAUGCCGCUAUCUCACUCUUCUCUCAAAUGGUUCAGCUGGGAAUAAAACCAAAUGACAUUACCUUCAUGAAUAUUUUAUCAGCUUGCAGUCAUUCAGGAUAUGUGGAAGGAGGAAAGUUUUAUUUUAACUCAAUGAAGCAUUUCGGAGUGGAACCUAACCCAGAACACUUCGCUUGUAUGGUUGACCUUCUAAGUCGUGUUGGUGAUCUCAAUGAAGCCUAUAGAAUAAUAAAUUCAAUGCCAUUUCCUGCAGAAGCUGGCAUCUGGGGUGCUUUACUUAAUGGAUGUCGAAUACACAGGAGAACGGAUAUGAUCCGAAGGAUUGAAGAAGAUCUAGUAGAUAUGAAAACAGAUGAUACUGGAUACUACACCCUAUUGUCUAAUAUUUAUGCAGAAGAAGGUAAGUGGGAUGAAUCCAGGAAGGUGAGAUCAGUAAUGAAAUGGAUAGGUCUGAAGAAGGUCCCAGGAUACAGUAUUAUAGAGCUGGAUAAGAAAGUUUAUAGAUUUGGAGCAGGAGAUAUAUCUCAUUGGCCAAUAAAAGAAAUUUACAACUUUUUGGAAAAUUUUCAAAGUUUGGCUCUGGAAAAUUUACAAUAAGAAGGUCCCAUCUGUCUAAUAAUCAUAGUUAUUAAAGGCGCGCCUUAAUUAAGGCUCAAGGGCUUCCGCCUCAACAAUGCUGAGGCGGGCAACUUCACUCAGGCUAUCACCUCAGGGUAGAGGCGUGCGCCUUUUUUGCGCCUAAGGCUUUCUCUGCUGAGGCGGGCAACUUCACUCAGGCUAUCACCUCAGGGUAGAGGCGUGCGCCUUUUUUGCACCUAAGGCUUGAGAAAGGCGCGCCUUUCUAUUUUUUGUUUUCCAGAACAAAUCACCUGGGGUUUUUUUUUUUUUUUUUUUCAAUAUAAA